ACCUGAUGUCUGCUGGCAAAAUUAAACUAGAUGUGACAUCAUCAUAGACAAGAAGUGAUAUCAUCCAAGAUCUGCCAAGAUGCACUAGAGGUCUUCCCAGUAUCACAGAGAGCUGUUGUGGGAGUUUGUCAGACAAAAGGAGCUGCAGAAGGAGAAACACAGAUUCUAUGCCAAUGCAGCAGCAAAAACGGCAGCCAGAGCUAGUGGAAGGAAACCUUCCAGUUUUUGUCUUUCCAACAGAGCUUAUAUUUUAUGCCGAUGAUCAGUCUACGCACAAGCAGGUGUUAACCUUGUACAACCCUUAUGAGUUCGCUUUAAAAUUUAAAGUUCUCUGUACGUCUCCCAAUAAGUACGUUGUAGUGGAUGCUGCAGGGGCAGUGAAACCUCAGUGCUGCGUUGAUAUUGUUAUACGGCACAAAGAUGUCCGAGCCAGUCACUUUGGCGUCAUUGACAAAUUCCGUCUUCAAGUAUCCGAACAAAGUCAAAGGAAAGCGCUGGGACGCAAAGAAGUCAUAGCAAUGCUGCUUCCAUCUGCAAAGGAGCAACAGCAAAAGGAAGAGGAAGAAAAGAGAAUGAAGGAACAUUUUGCAGAAAGUGUCUUCUUUGAACAGGCACCUUCCCAACCAGAUGCCAGAAAUUCUUCCUCAGGACCUAGUCUGCUGAUGGUCUUCCUUGGCAUGGUUUGCAUUGCUGCACUGAUGAUGCCCACCUUGGGUGAAAUUGAAUCCAUGGUGCCUCUCUACCUCCACUUAAGUGUGAAUCAGAAAUUAGUGGCCGCCUAUGUUUUAGGACUUGUAACAAUGGUUGUUUUGCGAACAUGAACCUUGUGGAUACCGGGAUCAUAAUGAUAUGUCUUCACAUUAGUGUGUGGACUGCCUUCUGCUGCCGUCCGUCCAGCUCCUGCCCUUCAGGAAGACUAAGCAGUGGUGGAAAGCAAAAUAGCAAAAACAAUAUAUUGUAGCUCUACGUAUUACUGUAAUUGAGUGGCUGAAGGCAUAUUACCAGUGAAUGUUUAAGAACCAAGAAUCUUUAAUGACGUCUGUGAAUCAUAUUUGAGGAAACAUCCUUUUAUAUAUAAAUAUAUAUCCCUAUAAAAGACUUUUAUUGUAAAA